AUGGCGCUGCUCGAUCCGCGCUUCGAGCUCUAUUGGAGCACCAACACGAGCGACGCGACCAUCCACAUGGCGGGGAGGGCGCAGACGGCGGGAUGGCUCGCAAUAGGCCUUUCCGAAUCCGGAGGAAUGUUCGGCUCUGAUGUAAUGCUGGCGUGGGUGGCGGAGCGCGAGGGGCGCGUGUAUGCGACGGACCGCUUCGUCUUCAACAAGACGGGGGAAGGCGUCGCAUUGGACGACCAGCAGGACUGGCGCGUGCUGGGCGGCAGCCAGACCACGGACCAAUCCACGGGCGACACGUGGACCACUGUGCAUGUGUGGCGCCAGCUGGACACCGGAGACUGCAACGACCGCCCCAUCACAGCUGGCGCGCUGUCAUUCGUCAUCUGGGCCAUGGGCACAACCGACGAGCUCGCCUAUCACAGCGCGACACGUGGCGCCACCUCACUCGUCCUGCUGCCCGCCCCUGGCCCCUCCAUCCUCGACCCAACCACCCCUCCCACCACCACCGCCCAAUCCGCUGCUGCCAGCUGGCCCGCCAUCACGUCAGCAGGCAAGCUCGCCGCGUAUGCCCAGGGGCAGGCGAACGGGCAGAAGAACGGGCAGGCGAAGGGGCAGGGGCAGGGAGUGGUGAUGAGCGAGAAUGGGCGGUUCAACCUGACAAUGGAGAACCACCGCGUUUCCACCAAUUACACCACCUACAUGUGCAAGACAUUCGACCUGCCACUCACCGCCAAGCGACACAUCACGCGCUUCGGCGUGCAGAUCAACUCGUCGCUGCCCUCUGUGCUGCACCACGCGCUGCUCUUUGGCUGCCCCCAGGAGGACUAUAAGGACGUGCCGGCAGCACAGGGGACGUACGAGUGCAUGCAUGAGACACCCUGCCAGGGCCACACCGUGGGGGUGUGGGGGCUGGGGGCGCGUCCAUACUCCUUCCCCCGCGACGUUGGCUUUCCCAUCGGCCCUGGAUACUACACCAAGUUCGUGCUGCAGAUUCACUACACUAACCCCGACGGCCGUGCUGACAUUGUGGACAACAGCGGGAUGUUCCUGGAAACUUCCACCCCGGGCAAGCACGAUGCGGGUAUCAUGAUGGCUGGCCCUGUCUACUACGGGCUGCUGCUGCAGAUCCCACCCGGCCAGCCCUCAUGGACACAGGAGAACAUCUGCCCAGGGCGAUGCACCAAGGCCGUGUUCAAGAACGAGUCAGUGAACAUCGUUGCUGCCGCCCUGCACCAACACGCUCUGGGCCGCCAGAUGUUCCCAAACGUGUAUCGGGAUGGUGCCACGCUCACCACAGUCGCUCGACUGUUGAAGCGCCUCAAAAGUCACACCCCUUGUCCCACGCACCCCUCUCGCUACCCCAUCAGAUGUUCACGGACGUGUAUCGUGAUGGUGCCAAGUGACUUUGCAUCACAGCAGAUGAUCAACGUACAGCCGCCCUUUGAGCUACAGCCGGGGGAUGAGCUGCGCACCAAGUGUGUCUGGGACUCCACCUCCCGCUCCAAUGUGACAAUGGGCGGCGAGGCCAGCAACGAGGAGAUGUGCAUCAGCUUCCUUGUCUACUAUCCGGCAUAUAGAGACAAGCGAGAAAUGCGCUCAUGCGUCGCCAUGUGUGCCGACAUAUCAACCGGAAAGCUCAACCUCGACCCUACCAGCCCCCAUCUCAUGAGCUUUGCGGUCUGCGGCACUGGCUCUGAGAGGGAGAGGGUGAAGCUGGGGUUCUCCAAGUGCAACAUCAGCUAUGGGGAGAGCCAGCCACUCUCUGUGCUGCACGGCUGCCCGAGCGCCACCACGCUCACUCUCGCCGGCAUCCCCUCAGAGAGCAUCUCAGUACCCAUCAACACCACCCCAGACCCACUUGCACCACCCACCAAUUGCACCACCAACACCACCACUACCACCGGCACUACCACCGCCACUGCCACCGCCGCCACCACCACCAGCACUGACACCGGUGCUGGCUCUGGGAGCAGCAGUGCUGGGGGUGGUAAAGGAGCAGCAGCACUGCACGGGUCCCAUGCUGCUCUGCUGGUAACCGUUGCUUCUGUUGCGAUUGCAAUCCUACUCUAG